GAUUCAUUACUAGUGGCUGCAAGCUUGCACAAAAUUAUCACAAAUGGGUUUCGUAUAAAUAGGAUAUUUCACAAAUUUCAAAUCACUAGCGUUGAAACAUCAGAUCGCAUCCAAGAUGUGGUCGGGCUUGAUAUGUUGCCUCUUCGGUAAGUGUUUUUUUCUAUGUUACUCUCUUUUCCAUUUCAUUAUUUCAUUUGGAACCAUGACAAACCAAAACUAUAAUUCGAAAAAGUUUGGGCAAAAUAAUUUUGAAAUAUGCAGGGUGCUUUUGGUUGAUUCACUUUUGAUUUAAUUUUUUCAGUAUGCUUACUUAGAGUUAUUCAUUUUUCAAACGAUUGAUAAAUGCAUUCAAUUUUUAAACGUUUGUAAACUGUCUGGUUGAUGCAUAAUCUUGGCCACAGCAUACUCUAUUGUUUCAAGAGCGUUUUAAGCUCAAAAUCUUUAGAACUAGUCUAUUUCCGGUACUUAAAGUUACGUUAGAAUUGUUCAACAUUUUCAAAAAAAGAAACUGACAAGUUUUAAUACACAACAACGAGCUUAAUAUGUGCUGCUUUCCUAUUCGUUUCUAUCACGAAAAGAUCACUAUCAGUACUCUGCUUCAGAAAUAAACGAACGACGUUUAAAUCAUUUCCUGUAAAAAACCGAAAUCAACACCAAUGGAACAUUCAUUGAAGCAUAUGCUUUUUUUGAAAAUAAUUGUCACUCAUUCCUGUGGGCUUUUAUGAUAAAGCUAUAUUUUUCCAAAUUCAUUCAUGUUCAAAUGUACUUUUCGUGCUGUUUCUGAACACAUAUUCUGCGUUAAGAAUACUACCGUUUAUCGAGCCAGUCUAUAUCAUACUAUAUACAGUGACUUUCAAAAAAACCAUUGCUAUUUACUUUUUUUUCGGGUCAAGUCAAAAGCAAGCUGAAAUUCGGGGCAAUGAAAUUGAAAAUUUCAAGCUGGUGACUGGGUGCUAUUUCUUAAGUCGAAUGGGGGAAUAUCAAAUCGCCAUUUUUGGAAAUGGAGAGCUGCGGGGCUUGCUUUGGCGACGUUACCCGGAUCCGAUAAUGUUGAGUACAAGUACAUCGUACGCGGACGAACUUUCGCAUCUCUACAUGAAGUUUCUGACUCAUACUCUGGAAUACUCUACAAGGCUAAACUACGCAUCCAACCUAAAUCCGACAACAAAUGGAUGGGCCUGAUCGAAAGUCCCAAAUUCAGCCAGGUUCACACCAGGUAAAGUUUUUUACUGUCUUUAAUCUGCAUCAUUUUGAAAAUAUGGAAACUCUGAUCAUCAAUUCGUAAGCAUAGGAAAUUAAUUUCGAGGUCACUAGUAAUGUUUUGGGCUUUUGUUGAACUCUUUGAGUAUCAGCUUGGAUGUAACAACUUUAACAAAAUCGAACAAAUAUCAGCUAGAGUUAGGCUCCACAAAAAGUUUAUUUUUGAGUCAUUAUGUACCGGGUGCAAUAAUUAGCAAUAUUGAGUUAGCUGUCCCUAGUUCAAUUUUUCCCAUGAACAUUAUUAUGCGAUGUUUCAUAUGGCAUGCUGUCAAAAUUCAAUUUUUUUUCAGAAGUUACUAGAGAAAACCUGAUUUCUAGUAGCGUUCUUUAUAAGAACUGUUUUUGUAUCCUACUUGCAUUUGAAAGAAUAGCUCCUUAACCAGUGUUUUUAAAAUUCCUUUAUGCUUAAUUCAAACGCAGGUUGUUCGAGGGAUGGCGUACCUUCAUUCCUGAUGGAGAGGUGUCCUGGAAACCGAUCGAAUUCUCCCUGAAGCCUUUCGAGAUCAUCCUUUCAAACGGAGUCAUUACUGACCUCGUCAUCGACAAGGAGGUAUCCAACUGGGAGUCUAACAUGAUCAAGGGUAUCAUGAGUCAGUUCCAACUCGAUCUGAAAGGAUCGAGGAGGAUUGACAGCGAACUGGAUGGCAGUGAAGGCGGCUUACCUUCUGUAUUCAAAACCAUGGAAGAAACGGUCACAGGUAUGUAUUCGUCCAGACUGUUCCAAAUUACAUUGCCAAAAACCUUAAUAGCUUGGCAGGUGUACCAAACGCAUAAGGUGCCAUAUAUCGUAAUGAGGGACUGGCGAUGCCAAGAGAGGAGCUGUUAUCUUCCUUAUGGGAGCGGAACCAAUUACUAUGCCCAAUGGGCGACAAAUGAAACCUAAUCAACUAUUGGCACUCCCUUGCAACUCAAAAAAGUUCCUCUCUCUUUUCCUCUAAUGCGUAAAAGUAUUAAUUUGUCUUAUUCCUAUUCCUUCUACUUACGGCGGCUCUCAUUCCAGGUAACACCGAGACCAUGUACGAAAUCAACGAGCUGCCUGAGUACCUGCUCCAAGAUGAAGAGUUCGACUACCUGAAGGAUCGUCAAGGUGGUGUACUGGAAGUUGUCAAGCACAAGAACUACAGCAACUACGUAGAACUCCCAUCCUACGCCUUUGGUUUCGGGGAUCUGGAGUACGAAAUCCCAGCCAGCAACAGAAUGGGGGCCUUCUUCGUAAGGAGCUCGUUUACCCGCGCUAUUCUCAGCGGCAAUAUGGACAAGAACACCGUUCAGAACAGCUUCACUGUCAACAAGAUCGUUGCCAACCCUACGUUAUCUGACCAGCAGAAAGGUACCUUUACAUCUUUACAACAAUACAUAUGACUAUUGAAACCACAUUUCUCCAUUCUGAGGCUUCUGUGACACAUAUGGAUCUAUUGCAGUUCCCUAUUUAUACUCUGUAAAGAACUAUGAUCCUUCAUUCAGACUCUUAACAUAUAGCAUAACAAUUUAAAAUCAUAAAAUCUUCGAAGUGACUUGAGAGAUGCACUGAAAUUCCUUCGUGCACUUUGCAGAAUCAGCACGCAGAACCGUAUACGAAUUUAAGAGCCUCAUACGCCAGUUCAUAUGACAAUGUCCUAUUAGAACCCAUCGAUAACCCUUCAUUCCGCUAUUCUAGAUAUUUUUCUUGGCUAAAUUUUUCAUGUACUACUGCGUCCGUCUUGCCAGAUAAAAACUCUUCCAUGCAACCUGCGGAUUUGAUGAAAUGUAUCUGAAUCUUUAGUUUGUUCCAUAGGUAUGGUAGUGAGCACAAUGAAUGUCACACUGGAAUCCUUCGGAGCACCAAAGGACAGUAUUCAGGACGUACAAAACCCUGUCCAUGUGGGCAACCUUGUAUACUCCUACGAAAGUCCUUACUCUAAAAGCAGCCUAGUGCAUCAGAAAUCUCCCUACCAGCACCGCCAGCAAUUUGACAUCGACCUCGAAAGACGCCUGAGGGCUUCUAACAUGGGCAAGGAUAAGCGUGUGACCAAGGACAAGGAAAUGAGAAAGCGUCUUCGCCGCUCGAUCGAACAGCUCGGAGGUUCUUUGAUGGAAGAAGGCGACUUCAGCCAAUCCGAAGAGAACUACCUAAACAGGAAACCCGAAUUGAACCAGGCCCCUGAAAGCCCAAUGUUGCCUUACACGAUGGCCUUUAAAGGACUUUCCGUCAAGAAAGGAGUCGAUGUUGUGAAAACCGUUCAGAAGAUCGCAAUGGAAAUUGGCAGUGACUUGCAGAACCCACCUAAAGUUGCCAAUGAGAACACUUUGAACAAAUUUACCAUCUUGACCUCUCUCAUCAGGGUCAUGUCAGAAGAGGAAUUGACACAGGCUGCCACAAGGUUGUUUACCCAAUCAGUAGGGGAUGAAAGGAGCUAUGCCUGGCAGGCGUUCAGAGAUGCUGUUGCCGAAAGUGGUACCGGACCUGCUUUGUUGACCAUCCAGAAUUGGAUUUUGACCAAGAAGGUCGGAUCUACCGAAGGCAGUCAAAUCAUCUAUGCCAUGUUGCAAUCCGUACGUCAACCCACAGAAGACUACAUGCGCAGCUCUUUCGAAUUCAUCAAGAAACCUGAAAUUCUGGGACAAUGGCCUUUGAAUGACACUGCUUUACUGAGCUACACCGACCUCGUUCGCAGGGUAUACAUCAACAAGCGCAACUCUGAAAAGGAAUUCCCCGUAAGAAGCUUCGGUCACUUCCGUACCGAGAAAGGAAAGACCUUCGUCGCUGAAGAGGUGAUUCCACACUUGAGCCAAAAGCUCCAGGAGGCCAUCUCUAAUGCUGACACCUACCAGAUCCAUACCUACAUCAGAUCUAUUGGAAACAUUGGCCAUCCUCUGAUCUUCAGAGCCUACGAGCCCUACUUGGAAGGCAAGAAACAGGUGUCACAGUUCCAGCGUCUGCUGAUGAUCAUGUCCAUGGACAAAGUAAGCUUUAUGUUCUAGUAUUUGUUAAAAAGAUACUAAGAUAUUUUGAGAUCACCACAGUUAGGCAAUUCUGAUAGGCUGGAUCAUCUGCCACCACAAACUACUGAAGCAUUCUCAUUGUUUUAGGUUGCUGAACUGUACCCUACAGAAACAAGGUCCGUUCUCUUCAAGAUCUACCAGAACAUCGGCGAGACCCAAGAAAUCAGAGUUGCAGCUGUCUACAGACUGAUGUACACUCGUCCUCCAGUUGAUAUGCUCCAGUUGAUGGCAUCAUACACCAACGUCGAUAAACAUGAACAUGUCAAUGCUGCUGUCAAGGCCAUCAUCCUAGAAGCUGCCCAACUAGAAGGAUCUGCUCCUCACCACUUCGAAAUUCGCCGUGCUGCUCAAGCAGCUGUGCCACUCUUAACCACUGCUGAAUAUGGUCAACAACAUGGAGGUGCCUUCCUGCGUCACUAUUUCUACCACCAUUUGAACGUGAUGUAUUCUGAAGAAUACUCCACCUUUGGAGCAGAGGAGUCUUUCCAAGCUCAUGGAUACAAGUACUCCUUAAACGCAAACCUGAACGGUCUCUACCGCAAGGUGUUCUCUGUACAGAAGAUGGUCUCCAACCUCCAAGAACUCUUCCACGUUGGAAUGAUGCAAACUGACAGUUACCAAAAGCAACAGGAGAGACAGAAGCAGGCAUCUGAAGAACAAAUGAAGAACCCAUGGUCAAGCAUCCGCAUUGCCCGUCUGAUGAAGAUAAGCAAUGAAGAACGCGAACAACUAGAAGGCAACCUGCUUCUGCAAUUUGAACAGUUGUACCAAACUCUGCCAUUCGACAACAUGACUAUCGAAAACAUCCCACAAGUUGUCAAGGAAUGGGAAGAAGAACUGAAAGCAGGAAAGAAAAUUGACUACGUCAAAUUCGUGAACAGCAGGGAUCUGGCUCUGUCCUUCCCUACUGAAAUGGGUUUCCCAUUCUUAUAUACCUAUGACACCCCAAUUGUCAUCAAACUAGAAGGUGACCUUAAAUUCGAAUCUCAACCCCAACUGUCCAAGGACGGCAAACUCUACACACCCGACACAUUGUCUCUAAUCUCAGAAAUGGCCUUCACAUACGGCUCAAAGACACAAGGAAGACUAUCUUUCUACACUCCUUUCGAUCACCAACAGUAUUUCGCUGGAUUUGACAAACACAUGCACAUUCACGUACCUCUCCACGGAAAGUUGCAAUAUGACGUGAAGAAUAUGCAAGUCAAGGCUGAGAUCAUCCCUAAAGAAGUCCACCAAGGAGCUUACUUAUUCCACUACAGCACUUGGCCUUACACUUCGUAUGUGGACAUCAUGUCUUUCAAGCCUUUGGCGCAUCAACCAUCUACUCACAUUAUCAAGCGCCACAGCAUCAAAAACUGGGAACAGACCUUUGGAAAGAGGCAGACUGGUUUGGCCUUCCAUCUCAAAGUAGAACAUGAAAGGGAAUUCAUCACCUCUCACCACCUGUUCGACUUGAUGAAAGAAGGUAUGUUCAAGAGAGAAGUAAACUGGAACCAACUGUACACAAUCUACCGUGGAAUACAACUAUCAGGAAGCUUGUCCAACUUAUUAUCCGAUGUAUGGAGCAACGGUGCCAUCCAGUACAGCCGUAUCGAUGUCAGCUACUUGCCUGAAGAAUCAACUGUCAGCAAGUACGUCGUACAUAUUGGACAUCAACAUCGCUACCACAAGGAAGGGCCUGUUUCUGAAAACUCCGCAAACGCUGACCUUACCACGCAGGUGAUGCUUGGAUCUGGAUCUCCCCUGGAACGUCAACAGAAGGUCAUGGAUAGAGUAUCUCAAGGAAUCAAGAGUGUGAAGGCUAUGGUUAUGGAAAUGUCCGUGGAAUUCCAAGGUGACAUCACUAGGAAAUACUUGCUCAUCGGAGGUUUGGGUAAGAGCAACGUUGACCCCAUCUCCAGACUAUUCCUCCACUAUCACAAGAGUGCAGACAGUGCUGAAUUCAAACCGUACGAGCUCACAUUGGAAGGCAGGAACGAUAUUCCCAACACCAAUGCGCUGGACCUGCUGUACACCAUGAAAGCAGAACCCAAAGUAGACAGCCAUAUGACCCUCCGAUUUGGUUCACCUCACCAAGCCAUGUCAAAAAUCGAUGGCUUCUUCGAGUUCCGUAGGAGCGAGGAAAGGAAACAGUACUUGAAACAUCUGCCCAACUACCUGCAAUGCAUUAACGACAUGGGUAAAGGUAACAAGCAAUCUCAGACCUGCGUCAACAUCACAAUGGAAGCCAACCUCUUGGACCGUGUCAAGGUGAAACUAUCUUACGACAACCUGAAGCCUGACAUUAUUGACACCCUCCGCGCCUUUUUUGAAGCCGCUCGAGUCAACUACUUCUUCAAUGUAGAAACACAAAGAGGUCAAUCUUCAGGGGGAGUCUCUGGACAAGAGAACCGCAUCAGCAUCCAAGGCCGUUUCGACCCUGACUUGAAAUUCUUGAACGUUUCCGUAAGGGAACAUGAUAGAGAAACCACAUUCACGAACUUCAGAAUUGGACAGUACCUUAAGGAAAUCAUGGUGCUCCACCCUGUGUUCCAUCUCAAAUCUCGCGUGAUGUCCAAAGCUAUGGGUCUCGACCUGUACAGGCCAACCUGCGUUGUAGACCGCAGAAAUACCUUCACCUUCAACAACUUCUCGUACCCCAUGGACCUCCAGAGCCGUUGGACCGUAAUGUUCCAAUACGUUCCCAAAGAUGCUCGCCAUGGCGAUCGCCAGCAACCUGUCCAGGAAACCUUAAUGUACUCUCCUGAAAACUACGCUAUCUUGGUUCGUGCUGGCCAAGACAAGAACAACAAAGAGGUUCUGAUGACAAUCAGCUCUCCAGAAACCGAGUAUAGGGUCACCGAGAUCAAACUGUUACCUUAUGGAGGCGACCAAGAUGGUGUGAAGGCUAAGGUUUACUUCGAUGGCCAAGAGAUCCAAGUCAGCGACAAGCAGAGCUUUGACAUCCAUGGAGACCACAUCCAAAUCUACUCUCUGCCAAACGGUGAAGUCAAGGUUGAAGUUAAAGGACGCUACUACAUCAUCUAUGAUGGUCAAACCAUAAGGCUCAACCCCUUGAGCGACAUGUUCAGAGAUUCCGUCCGUGGUUUGUGCGGACAGUUCAAUGAUGAAAGAGCUGAAGAAUUGAUGACGGCACCCAACUGCAUUGCUAGAGAUCCACUGAAGUUUGUCAAGAGCUUCGAGGCUGAAGGACAAGAAGGAGAACAGAUGAGGAACCUCCUCUCUCAGAGCACACACGAAUGCGUUGAACUUCGUACACCCUACAGAUAUGGUGAUGUCAUCUCAGACCUCAGCGCAUGGAGGAAGAGAGGUAGCAUGUAUAGUGAGUCCAGGCCAUAUCCCCUAGGUCAAUGCAGCAGCUUCCAGACCAGAUACAUCGAGCAAGACAGCCAGAUCUGUUUCACAACCCGCGCCAUGCCCGUCUGCAGCAGUGGAUGUGUGGCUCAUGGCUCAAUGACCAAAGAGGUGCCAGUUCACUGUAUCACCAAGAGCAAUGUUGCUCAAUUGUGGAAGAGCCAGAUCGACAAAGGCGCUAGCCCUGACUUCAGCCACAAGAAGCCCACAAAGACUGUUUCGAUCGAUCUGCCACAGAGCUGCACAUAUUAAGACGACUGCUAUGACAUUAUGACUAUUUAUUUAGUUUGUAGGACGAACAUUAAAAAAUGUACAAAAAAAUUCUCAAGGAGAAUAAAGGAUAUUAAUUUGUAUUUUUGAUAGUUUUACUC